AUGUUGAAUCUCGCGAGAAACAGCCCUUGGGCUAUCCUUGGCCUCUUUGGGUUGGCAGUUUCUGCCAGUGUGGUCUUCAACGGCGCCAGCGUCCAGGUGGACGACCGCUACUUCUUCAUCGACCCGCACGUCGCCGGCGAGUUGCCGGUCCCGCCCCCGACGACGGCCGCGGCACUCGCCGGAGGCUUCGCGGGUGUGACAGUGGUGCAGAAGCAGCACCAUGGUGACGGCGCCGGUGAUGUGGCAAGCCUGGACACGCUGCUUCGGGGCUGGGCCGAGCUCGACGACGUCUUCCAGGCGUCGUUUCUCGAAGGCGGCGUUUACACCGUCGUCGACGUCUCCUCCGCGGAGAUGUUGCCGACCUCCAUGCAACUCCUCAACACCACCGCACAAGUCCACGCACUGCCCAACAACACCAGCGCCGCCUCCCUGCCCUCCGGGCCGUACUUCCUGGACGUGCGCACCGGGCAGGCGCACCGCGUGCUGCGGCUCUACGACGACUUCACCAACUCCUUCACGGGGUCGCUGCUGCAGAACCCCGACGGCAGCGUGCGCACGCUCUCCGCGCAGAGGCCCACGGCCGCCACGUUGACCAUCGGCGUGCCCUCGCGCCUGUACUUCACCCGGUCCCCCGCGCGGCCCCUCGCCGGUGUGCGCCUCGGCGUCAAGGACUUGUUCUGCGUGCGCGGCGCCCGCCGCUCCAACGGCAACCGCGCCUGGUACCACCUAUACUCCGCCGACGGCCCGUGCUCCGCGACGGCGCCGACGGUGCAGCGGCUGGUGGACGCCGGCGCGAUCAUCGUCGGGUACCAGGCGCUGGCGCAGUUCGCCAACGGGGACCUGUACGCGGCGGACGCGGUAGACAUGCUCCUGCCGUUCAACCCGCGCGGCGACGGGUACUCGGUGCCGCAGGGCAGCUCGUCCGGCGCGGGCGCGGCGGUCGCGGCCUACCCGUGGCUGGACCUGGCGCUCGGCAGCGACACGGGCGGCAGCGUGCGCAUGCCCGCGCAGGUCGCGGGGCUCUUCGGCAACAGGCCGACGACGGGGCUGGCGGGGUCGCUGGAGGGCGUGACGCCUCUGAGCCCGACGCUGGACACGCCGGGCCUGCUGGCACGCGACCCGGCGCUGUGGGACGAGGCGCAGCGGGUGCUCUACGGGAGCAACUACACGAUGGCGGAGCCGCUGGUGGCGGAGGGUGCGGACUAUCCGAAGACGAUCUACGUGCUGGAGGGUGGGUGGCCGCGCGGGAAGCGUCCGGCGGUGGAUGCCAUGCUGGACGCGGUCGUCGCGGCCGCGGUGGAGGUGACGGGCGCCAAGGUAGAGACGCUGGACUUGGAGGCGCUGUGGAGGAGCACGAGGCCGGGCGAGGUCGGCGACGUGACGCUGGCGGCGUACCUCAACACCACGUACGCGACGCUCGUGGCGACCGAGCAGUGGGAGCUCGUCGGCAGGAAGUUCUUCGCCGACUACGCCCAGAAGCACGACGGCCGGAAGCCGUACGUCAACCCUUCGGCCGAUGGCCGCUGGUCGUGGGCCCAGACGCUGCCCACGUCCGCCUACCCGGCCGCCAAGCGGCAGCAGGAGACCUUUUCCACGUGGUUCCGGCAACACGUGCUCGCCGCCACCGGCGACGCGCGCUGCUCGUCCUCGCUGCUCCUGUACAGCGACUACUACGGGGUGCCGGAACUGCGGAUGACGCUGCGGGCGUCCGGUCUUCCCAUCGGCUUGCCGAUCGGCCCGGGGACGGUGUACUAUGCCCCGUUCUCGGGGACGCCGGACGUGGCGCUGCCGCUGGGCGAGGUCCGCUCGUCGAGCAACGUGACGGGCCGCGAGGAGCCGCUGCCCGUGUCGGCGGACGUGAUGGCGGCGCGGGGCUGCGACGCGCUGCUGACGAGGUUGGCGGUGGAGCUGGCGAGGAAGGGCGCGGUCAAGGUGCCGAGGCCCGGAGGAAGCCUGGACGGCGCAGAGGUGCUGUUCCGCCGCGAGAUGGGCCUGCUGUAA